UCCGCCCCCGCGGCCAGGCAGCGGCUCCGCGCCGGGCUGCGGUGGGGAAGCGGCCGGGAGCUGCCAGCUGCUGGCCUGGGGCGCCAGAUUUCUAGAAGAGGAGUCAUGUCAGAAGAAACAGUAAACAAAUCACAGUUUUCCUUGAAGACAGCAGCACUAAGAGUGUUUGAUCUUCCUCUGUCUUGGUAUUAUUCUCUCUCCCAGAUCAAAUUUUCGCCGGUAGUUAAAAAGUUGUUUGUGGUAACUGCGGUGAGUGCUGUAUCUGUAAUUUUUCUGGCCCAUCACUUUAAAAGAAGACGUGGAAAGAAGAAAGGAAAAACAUUACCAUGGGAACCAGAGCACCUCAUACUUGAAUACACUAAAAGAGCAGCAUCAGACAAAGGUUCAAGUUGUUCCAGUAGUAGACAGAAUUUGACAUUAUCUUUAAGUUCUGCCAAAGACAAAGGCCCUCAGUCUUGUAACUAUGCUAAUGGAGGACUUUUCAGUAAACACUCAGGUUCUGCACAGAGUUUGGCCUCUGUCCAGAGUGUCAAUUCUUGUCAUAGCUGUGCUUGUGGCAAUUCUAAUUCCUGGGACAAAGCAGAUGAAGAUGAUGUUAAACUUGUUAAUAUUCCUGUGACCACUCCUGAGAAUUUAUACUUGAUGGGUAUGGAGUUGUUUGAAGAGGCCUUGCGUCGAUGGGAACAAGCGCUCACCUUUCGAAAUAGACAGGCUGAAGAUGAAGCCUGUGGUUCCAUUAAAUUGGGUGCAGGAGAUGCUAUUGCUGAAGAAAGUGUAGAUGAUAUUAUUAGUACUGAAUUUAUCCAUAAGCUUGAGGCUCUGCUGCAAAGAGCAUAUCGUCUGCAAGAGGAGUUUGAAGCUACCCUUGGGGCAUCUGAUCCUAAUUCUCUUGGUAAUGAUAUUGAUAAAGAUACAGAUAUCACCAUGAAGGGGAAUGUAGAUGACUUUUGCCUGCGAGACACUUUGAGCAUCGCAUCAACCGACUCCUUUGCUUCAGCAGCAGAGCUUGCAGAACACAGAGAAGUGCGGCAUACCUACAGUCUGGAGUCUCUCUGCCACUGCCCUUUUUAUGAAGAAGCCAUGCAUUUAGUCGAAGAAGGAAAAAUUUACUCAAGAGUGCUUAGAACUGAAAUGUUGGAGUGCCUAGGAGACAGUGAUUUUCUUGCCAAACUUCACUGUAUUCGACAGGCUUUUCAGGUAAUUCUUUCAGUAACAGCCAACAGGAUAUUUCUUGCUGAGAGUGGAAGGAAAAUUUUAUCAGCGUUAAUUGUGAAAGCUCGAAAGAAUCCAAAGAAGUUUGAAGAUGUUUUUGAUGAAAUGAUCUAUUUUUUAGAGCAGACUGAUCACUGGGAUAGUACUGAAAUGGAACUUGCUGCUAGAGGAGUGAAAAAUCUCAAUUUUUAUGAUGUUGUUCUGGAUUUUAUAUUAAUGGAUUCCUUUGAAGAUUUGGAAAACCCACCCACAUCCAUACAGAAUGUAGUGAAUAAUCGCUGGCUAAACUCCUCCUUCAAAGAAACUGCUGUGGCUUCAAGUUGUUGGUCGGUGCUGAAACAGAAAAGGCAGCAGAUGAAGAUCCCAGAUGGAUUUUUUGCCCAUUUUUAUGCCAUUUGUGAGCAUAUCAGCCCUGUCCUAGCCUGGGGCUUUUUGGGUCCUAGAAAUUCUCUCUAUGAUUUAUGUUGCUUCUUUAAGAAUCAAGUUCUUUUCUUUCUCAAAGAUAUUUUUGACUUCGAGAAGGUGCGCUAUUCCAGUAUAGAGACUCUGACUGAGGACCUCAUGCAGUUGCUCAUUCGCCGCACUGAACUCCUGCUGGCCUAUCUUGGCGCGGAUGCCCUGAGGCACACGAGUGGCUGUAUAAGUAGUCAUGGCCAUGUUGUGUCCAGUAGCCUGUUGGAAGCCAAAGUACAAUAAGUACCAUGAGAAUCAUACACUUUGAGUGUGCUAUGAAAUAUUUUAAGGUAACUAUUGAUUUUGUAACAUAGAUUACACAGAAUUGGUGGAUAUGGACUCAGGGAGGAAGCAAAUCUAGUAAAGAGUGAGUACUUUACUUACAUGGGCCGUGCUGUACUUACACGGAAGUUCUGUCAUUGACUCCCUGUGUAGCGUAUCCAAAGCGGCUAUUUAGAAUCUUUAGGUAAUAAUUUAAGUCGUGAAAUGUAUAUUUUACAGAAAUAUUGCUUGAAUUGAAGCCAGUGCUUGGGAGUUCGUCUUGAAGCUGUCUGAAAUGUCCAGUAUCAUUCUCCAAAAAGCUCUGUUUUAAUGCUUUGCACCUUGAAAAUGUCCACUUUAGCCAAGACCUUUGUGGCCACACGUGCAAGAGUGUAUUACUCCUAGUGUCAACGAACUUAGCUGUGCUUGAAAUUGUAUUUUUGACUGUAAAGUCAUUCAUUUGUUUAGUCAAGUUUAGGCAGUAGUGAUGUUUACUACGUACUGCUUACAUUAUGGCUUGUGCAUCUGCUUGUGUAAUUAAAUCAAAUUGUAAUGGCUAGGUAUCGUCAUAAAACAUUUAAAUGAAUUGACACUGAGAAGAUUACAAGCUACAAAUUCAUAUUAGAUUCACUGCAGUUUCCAAAUAUAUUACAGUUGGUCCUGUAAGUUACAAUAGAGAGACUGAAGAAAUUUCUUGUAUCUUUCUAUGGAUUAGAGCAUUUUUCCUUUGAAUGAAUAUUGAUUUAAAAGAUAAUGUUUCUAACUGUGACAGCCAAUUAAAAUUUUUCCUAUGUAGUUUUGAGUCUGUCUCCCAUCAUGCGAAGAUAUUAAUCUUGGUACCGUAAAAUAAUUUCUUCUUUCUCCUACAAAACUGGCUUCUAGUUAUUCCCACAGAGAACUUAACAUAUUGGCAAUUUGUCAUAUUAUCCCCGUAGCUUUAAAAUAUUCAUACUUUAACUGUUAGUGAGGUUUUAAAGAAGGUUUUUUUCCUCUCUGAAUAUAGAAAAAAAUAUUUUUUAAUAGUAUGGAAGUAUAUUUCAUGUCCUUUAUGAUAAAUGUAUGAACAAAUGGGUUGUUCAUAUGAGUAAGGUUCUUCAGAGUAUAUUAGCUAUUUUCAGAGUUGUAUUAGUUUUGUGUCUAAAUUAUAUACCACUUAUUUGGAGUGGCUGACUCACUGUAUCAAUGGAUUGGAUUUGUUGAUUUUGCUCCUAAAAUGGGCUUUAUUCAUUUUAGGAAUGAGUUACCCAGAAGGAUCUAAAAUAUAUUUUUUAAAAAUGCAUUUUUAAAGUGCCUAGUUUCUGAUUAAUGAAUAGAAAAUGAAAAGUGGGAAAAAAUCAUAAUCUUUUAAGGUUUUAAAUUUAUGUAUAUGCCACAUUUAUGUACUGUUGGCUAUAAAAUAUGAGAUUCAGAAUCUUUAUGCUGUUUGUGCAUGUACUGUGUUCCAUAAUGUGUUUAUUACAGCAUUAAACAAUAUGAAAUAUGCUCUAAUAUUUUUUGAGUAUAUAGCUCCUUGACUUUUCUUACAUAUAUUCUUAACUUAGGAAUUGGCUAUUCAUAAUUCUUAUUAUUGAUGGAAGGGUAUCAUUGGAUAUCACAGCUAAAAAUUCCAUUAUGCAAUGUUUCACUUUUUAUUAUCUUGUAUUUUUAGCUUCUUUUUGAGGCACCACUGGCCUUGAAUGAUUCACACACAUACACACAUAUACAUUCCCAUUAUCUCAUAGGCAAGACAGUUAGUGCCUAUAUUAAUUUUUCCCUUGGGGGUCUAAAUGUUAUAAGCUAUGGUUUUAUAAACUAAGCUGUAAGUAAACUUAAUUUUUUAUUUGAGGAAGAUGUUGUUGGAAAUCUAUUUUGAAGAAUUGCACUAUUUAAUAAUGCUGCUACUACACUGGAUAACUCUGGGGAAUUUAUUUUAUCAGAUCAGAUGAAUGGCUUCCCAGAAGGUGUUUUUUUUCUCUUUUACAUUUUACCUUUAAAAAACUUGCCCAUAUUCAAGAGGUUGGUUUGUCAAAUUUAGUGCUUGAGUUUGAUUAGUUUCUGGUGAGUUCAGUAGCUACUACUUGAGUAAGAUGCUUUCUUUGUGGCCUUUGACAAGAGACAUGAGUGACCAAAUGGAAUUUCAGGGUAGUAAGAAUAGAAAAAACCUCUCUAUUGUAAGGGAAGAAACUUGACCUUUUUAAAAGAAACAGCUCUUAAAAUUGUUUCUGACCACAGAAGAGUACUAAGACAUAUGUUCCAAUUUCAGUUUGUCUUGAAAUUGGGUUAAACAGCUAAAGCAAUAUUUUAAAAAACAAAAAAUGAUUAAACUAGUCUAGAGCCUUUUAGGAUAAAACCUUAUUUAACACCUUCUCUUGAUAGUAGUAUCAGAAAAUUGCCCUUGUCACCAUGAGUCCUGCCAGCCACUUCCCUAUAUCAAUUAGAAGAGGACCUGGAAUUAGUCCUGAGAAAAUGGAUUUUUGUCCUCCUGUUUUCUGGAGGAAAAGAGAGAAGUGUUCAGGUGAUUUAUAUUUGGUAAUUUUUUUUCUAUUUUAGUUUCUCUACAUUUUUGUUCAACUAAAAGGCUAGUUAUUUCUUCUUGAAGGCUUACAGUAUGUUUAUUAAGAGUCAAAAUGAGAUGGUCUUUUUUAAAAGAAGACAAGUUUUUCCUACUGUUAUAGUCAGCUCCAAAGAGCUUCAUCUCUCAGAAAGCAGUCUUUCUUUGCACUUUUACUAUUAAUUUGUUGAAUUAAUGACUUUGUAAAAAAUAUUUGCAAAUGUUUUCUUGCCUUAAGAUGUAACGUUUUCUCCUUAAAUGAUUAAGGAGUGAUUAUUUGCAUUACAAAAGAAUUCUUUAGUUUAUCAUUCCUUUAAACUCAUGAAAUAGGAAUGCCAAAGUAACAUUUACUAUACUUCUCUGUGACCGUUCAGAAUCAGAAAUUUUAAAUUAUGUUGAUAACAUAAUUUGCUUUUAUUAUAAUGUAAACACAUAUUAGGACAUUAUUUGGAAUAUACAUUUCAAAGGGGUUAUGAGAGUUAGGCUGAAUUCAAAUCUUUCGUUUUCUUGCCUGGAUUCAUCAAAUUUAGAAUCUCUGUAUGUGAGACUUAAGAAUUUGUAUAAUCUGUGAUUAAUGGAAAUAAGGACAUCCUUUCUUUGUUCCUAACAAUUAUAUUAUGUUAUUGUUUUGCUUCGUUGGAGAACAACCACGUAUUAGCUUUACUUGGCUGCUAACAGUAAAUGUGUCUAUUUCCUAAAUGUAAGGACUGCGCUUAUUAAUUUAUGGAAAAGUGAGA